CUAGAGGGAAUAAGGUUUGGGCUGAGAAGGGGCGGAAGAUGUCUCAUUGCUGAUGAGAUGGGGCUUGGAAAAACCCUCCAGGCUAUUGCCAUUGCUAGUUGUUUUAUGAAUGAGGGCCCUACACUCAUUGUUUGUCCAGCUAU